AAUUAAUCACUAAACUGUAAAUACAUUUUUAGCAAUAUCCUAGUGACUUUUAAUUACAGUAAGUUUAUUAUCAAAGAAAUGUGUAAUAAAUGUACUAUUUUAUAGACUUUAAAUAUAACUAAAUUUUAAUGUGAACCCUUGCGAUCUUUUUUAUUCUAUUAUAUUUAAUUAACGUUUAAAUAUAUUUCUAUAAAUCCGUAAAAAAUUUAUUUAGUUGGAAUGAUUCUUCCAUUUGAACAGCAUUACAACAAAUAUCUUAAAUUGUAGAGAUAGUCGAAAAAAGUUUACGUUGUUAACAGUAAUUACUGUUUUGUUAGUAACAUUUCAAUCCUUUAUGCCCACUUACAUGUUGGACAUGGUAGGAGUGAUUAUAUUCUUAACGCUGGAUAUUUGGGGUGUGGCCUUAUGUCCCCCAGCAGAAGAAGGUCAACCUUACACUUUUACCGGCCAUUGGAAUAUAGAAAAUGAACAGGAGAUCAACUUCGGAGUUUCUUGGAGAAAGAAUAAUGUCCCCGUAGCUACCUGUGCAUAUUAUACAAAAUGUCGUAAUUACUUCAGCUACCCAAUCCGAACCACACUAACCAGAAAUCGAAAACAAGAAUUUUCUUCAAGUUUAACUUUGGAAAGUGUCUCUAGAACUAACGAGGGUAUAUGGACAUUGGUACAUGUCGGAAUGACUAGCCACAAAGAUCUGGAAAUAACGACAUUCUAUUUAAAAGUUUAUGCAAGAAGCAAAAAUACAAAGUGUAGCUACUCUUUAGACACAGUUAAUGCAUAUGUGACAUGCAGAAUUGUUGGAAUUUAUCCAUCAGCACUUUGUACGUACAUGUAUUACACCCAACAGUCAAUUAUGUUACCAGGGAAUGUAACAUAUCAAAUACACAAUACAACGGAAGAAAUCAAUUGUAAAAUUACGCUGCCCUUGACAAACUUGGAAAAAGACAGUCCUGUGGAUGUUAUUAUUACAAUUUAUCCCAACGUUACAAAUCAUUAUACUGAUAUGGAUUAUGGAGAUAAUAUAACAAUAAAGAUAGAAAAGGAACAACAACAAAAAACAACAACAGUUAAACCCAAGUUGUAUUUACAAGAAUGUUUGCUAGAGAUUGAAGUUGGGGAAUCCGUGAGAUGCACGUGCAGAGUUUCUUCUUUAAGUGAAGCCACAGUAUUGUGGUACCACGACUCACAAAUCGUGUUCAGUAACACGACCAAUGUUCUGGAAUUCAAAGCGGAAAAAAACGCUACAUUUAUUUGCCGUAUGUAUACCAGUGACAAUUUGACAGCAGGAGAAAUUGUGUACAGCCCUAACAUUGUCGGUAACUAUAAAUAUAUAAAUAUAAAAUGGUUAUAA